AUGGCAGGUAGCGUCCUGAUCACCGGGGCCAAUGGAACCCUCGCCCUCCCCGCCGUAGAUUAUCUUCUCGAGAAUUACCCAGAACACACAGCAAUCCUCACUGUUCGAGAUGCGUCGGAAGCCGACCCCAACACGCAAAGAUUACGCGAAAUAAUAUCUCGGUACCCAGAAGCCAAGGCAUCAAUCCAGCAACUUGAUCUUUCGAGUAUUUCAACCGUCCACGACUUCGCAAGUGCACUUUCGGAGGAAAUUGCCUCUGAAAAGACGCCGCCCCUGAAAACUAUUGUAUGCAAUGCAUGCUACUGGAACCUCGUGGCCGAUCCAGAGUUGACGGAUGAUGGAUAUGAUAAAACCUUCCAGAUAAACCACAUAUCUCAUGUGGCCCUAGUACUUCGGUUACUCGACAGCUUUUCUCCGGAUGGUGGUCGAAUUGUGAUGUUUUCUAGCGAGGCGCACGAGCCUGGUAGGGCGCUGCUAGAGAAGAUACCACCUACGAUUCCGGAUGAUCUGGAUUUACUCGCCAAACCGACCGCCCGCGAAGAUAAAAUGGGCGCUGGGUUUCACAGAUAUGGCUGCUCCAAACUAGCUACUACCGCCUGGACACAUGCGCUAAAUCGAUAUCUCGAAAAGGACGAAAACCUCAACAAGAUUACCGCUGUGGCUUAUAACCCGGGCGGUCUUGUAGACUCGCGCAUGUUCCAGAAGAACACGUCUUUGUCGCUGAGCUUUCUGAUGCGAUACGCGGUGCAGCCCUUAUUGCCAUUGCUGAAGUACCAGAAUCCGCAGAUGCGCCUAGGAGCUGAUUCUGGUGCAGAUGCCAUUGAGCUUGCACUUGACCGCGUGCAUCCAGGUGAAAGGGGCUAUUUCGAAUUGCUGGAGAAGGAUGAAAGCUCUCCUGAGAGUAGGGACGAGUCAAAGCAAGAAAAGCUCUGGAUUAAGAGCGCUCAGUGGGCGAGGAUAAGUAAAGAUAAUACCGCUCUCAAAGGCGCAUUUCAAUAAGGGAUUGAAACAAAAGGUUGACGAUAUUAGGUACCUAGAGCGUUGUGUAGUGCUACAGGUAUAGGAGUACUCAGCGACUGUAAGCCAGAACAGUAUAUCAUUACGCGAUAGCCACUUUCUUAGAACUAUGAUUCAUAGAUAAGAACUUAGUAAUAAGUAGAUAGAUAGGGAUUCAAGAUCACAUUAGGC